AUGGAAAUGAAAAGUACAUACCCAACACAAAGGAUAAGUGUAGAUGCGCAACAUGCAGUUCCGCAAACAUCGCAACGAAUGGUAAUGGGUGGUAUGCAGCAGGAGUGUACAGAUGGCAUGGAGGAACAGAAAGCAUGUUUGGCAGCACAGGAUACAAAUCAAGCGUUUUCUAGUGCUACUGUUGCUGAGUGUCAAGCAGUUUGUUCAAAGUCAACAGAAGCGAAUGUAUCAAAUCAAGCAGAUGGCGAAGGGUUAAACGUUCAGGAUUCCCAAGAACCUGGGACAACAUGGCAAGAUGAUGAGCAUGAAUAUGAAGCACAGAUGAAUUUGCUCAAUGAGGAAUGGAGAAAGCCUGAAGUGGACGAAAUUAUGACAAAAUUGCUCAAAGGCGAAUUAUCAUUCGCAGAAGCAGCAGGUCGGAUAUCGAUUAUUCUGGGACGUGAGGUAACGGUAGCGUCGGUACGGAAUCGUGCCUUACGCUGUUCCGAUUUACCACAUUCGGGACAGUCAAAUAUUCGAAAAGAGCGUGAAGAGGGCGGCGAAAAUAGAGAAAAUACCUUGGAAAAACAUCCAGUCGCUGCAAAGAAGUUUGGACCAGAAUUUUACGAAGUGAUACGAAAUUUGCGCGGAAAUUUGAACAGCAUAGCGAUCAAGGAGCCACAUAGUAAUUAUGUAAGGAUUUAUCGUCGAUCAACGACACGUCAUUAUUACAGUUAUUACCGUUGCUCAACAUGUGACCACAUACGACGUGAGGUUCAAGAUUGUCAUCCAUCACCAAUCAUCAAGAUGGUCCAUGAUAAUAUCGUUGGUGAACCGUUUCCAUCACAUCAUCCUGAAUGUAAACCGAUAUCUCCUUCACAGCUAAGAGCUAUGCAGAUAGAUCGAGAAAAUCGUCAGGAAGUGAUCAACGAAAUGAUGACUCCUUUUGAAGCUUGGUCAAAGGGCGACUUAAGAGCUUUACUGGAGGAGGCAAGGAGGGUUUCACAACUUGCCAGACAGCGUCCACAGUGGAAAAAAGUCAAGUGCAAGUCACGAAAUGAAAAUGAGAGGUGUCCAUAUGCAAGGCCAUACGGAGAAACAUUAGUGAGUUACGAAGAAAAAAUACGAAAAAAGUUGAGUGAGCAGAUAAAACGUCCAGAUUCUCGUUCUAGUUCAGCAAUUUCAGAACGAUUUGGCGCUCAAAUACGAUCACCAACAGGCGAUGAAUGGUCAUUUGCACGACAGGGGCAAAAUGACCGUUCUUUUGUGACGGAUGACUCACAAUCUCUUAUAUCGGAAGUGACAGACGCAGACAGGUUGUUAUCGGAAGAAAAAGUACACAUUGAACAGUCAAAAAUCUCAGCAGAAGGUACUCCAGAACUGAAUAUAACUGGAAAAUUCUCGUUUGCUUCAAGAGAUUCAGGCGAACCAGUUAAUGAUUUUGGUGGUACGAAUCAAAUAAUAUUGGGUGAUCGCACAUCAACUAGUGAAACUGGAGCAGAAUCUGGCACUACUGUUACCUCCGCGGGAAUGCCGAAGGCAUGCUCAGCGAAGGAUCGUUCGAAUAAAGUCACUAUGUCAACAGAUGAUGGUAAACAAGAUAUAAUCAGGGAAACUAAUCGAAAAAUGUUUAUGGUUGAUGACGAGCACUUGUUGAAAUUGUUUCGAAGAUGUCCAGAUUGUGGCGAGCAACUAAAAACUUUAGCGCUUUCAUCACGAAAAGCAAUACCAAUGGUGAAAUACAAAUGUCAGGGUAGUUGUGAAGAAAAAUUAUGGUUCGGUCAUGAACCCAAACAGUAG